AUGGAGAAGGUUUCGGAUGGCAGCAUGCAAGAAUGGCCGGAUUCAGAUAGGCUGAAAGAAGCGCUGUCACUGGCAAAGUUUGAUAAUUGCUACACCAUGCCCGGUUUGAAGACAAAUGUAACUUUACCUGACUUGAUGGCCAGUACGUUAGAGCAAAAGCUUAACAAAACAGUCACUCGACCAUCAGUUUCCAAAGAUCUGGAUGGUGUUCAUCUUCUCAUUGCUGAUGGACAUCUUCGAGCUGCCGUUAAUUUAACUGCUGAAUUGUUAACAGAAGUUAAUCAGGGGUUUGGGAUGGCUGGUCAGCCUUCGAACAAUACGGAGUACAGUUUCAAGGUGUGGGCAUGCCGCUUGCAAUUGCUUAUGGCUUUGAAGCUGUAUACAUUAUUGAAUGACGAGUUGAUACCGUUCGAGGAACUAGAUGCACCAGAUCUAUUUUAUCAGUACUACCCCAAUCUGUAUCCGGAAAGCCCCAAAGGGAGUCUGGUGCUAUUCAGUAUGCGUUUGGUUCAUGCUGAAGCAUUACGCUUCACUUCUAAUCCAUGGGCAACUUUGGAAAGAAUUGACAAACUGGAGAAAAAUGUUAACAGAGUUCUGGACAAUUCAGGGAACAAAAGCGAAUAUUUUUUUAAAAUAUGGAAGGAUCGUUUGUUAGCAGUUCAAAAAAUGCGUGCACGUAGUUUAUUUUUUCUAAAGGAAUAUUCAACGUCCAUGAUCCUAUAUAAUCGUUUGUCAAAAGCAGGUGGGCUAAAUUCUGAGCAACGGAUAGCCCUGAAACUAAUGUUAAUGAGAAUGGCGAUGUCUAUAGGUGAUCAAAAAAACUUAGAACAUUAUUCAAAUGAAAUUGUUUCAUCAGGUUGUGAUGACCAAAUCUUACACAGGUGUUUAAAAUAUAUGUUUUAUGGCAACUAUAAUGAAGCUUACGAUACCUUGCAAAAAUGUAUGAAUUCACUCGCCUCUCCUGAACUAUGCAACAACAUGGCGAUUUGCUUAUUGUACAAAGGACAGAUUUUUGAUGCCAUGGAAAUGUUGAAGAACCUACCGGGUGAUCCAAAUGAGCCGGUUGCAAUCAAUUUUUCGACGAUAGCAGAACUUUCGAUUUCAAAUCUCGUACGCGAAGAUUUGGCAAUUUUUGCUCAAAAAUUUGAUCGAUUUCCGGAUAUGUUUGAUCCAGUGACGCUGAAAUUGAUAGCCUCAUGA